CUGGUGGAUUAAGCUGCUUGCUGACUUUUUGGUUAACAUCUGGGUGUUUAACCACCGCGACAAGGUUAACAGACGAGCGCUUAACCACUGCACCACCAGGUCUCCUCCGGCUCCGGCCUGCAGAAAGAGGUCGACUGCAGUUGCAGUUGCUAGGCGACGGACUGAGCAUUCCCGACUGUGCCAGCUUGCCUCUUGAGGCACUUCCGCUAACGAGCGCCUUGAACGUUUUUCUCUCACUGGUUACCGUCACUCCGAGGGUGGGCGGGGGAAAUGCGUUUGAUAGUGCGCUCACUUCCGGCCAGGGAGCGCGCGGGUUGAUUCGUCCUUCCUCAGCCGCGGGUUCUCGCAGCUCGGAAAUGGCGGGGUUUGGUGCUAUGGAGAAAUUUUUGGUUGAAUAUAAGAGUGCAGUGGAGAAGAAACUGGCAGAGUACAAAUGUAACACCAACACAGCAAUUGAACUAAAAUUAGUUCGUUUUCCUGAGGAUCUUGAGAAUGACAUUAGAACUUUCUUUCCUGAAUAUACCCACCAACUCUUUGGGGAUGAUGAAACUGCUUUUGGUUACAAGGGUCUGAAGAUUCUUUUAUACUAUAUUGCUGGUAGCCUGUCAACAAUGUUCCGUGUUGAAUAUGCAUCUAAAGUUGAUGAGAACUUUGAUUGUGUGGAGGCGGAUGAUGUCGAGGGUAAAAUUAGACAGAUCAUUCCACCUGGAUUUUGCACAAACACAAAUGAUUUUCUUUCUUUGCUGGAAAAGGAAGUUGAUUUCAAACCAUUCGGUACCUUACUCCAUACCUACUCUGUUCCCAGUCCAACAGGAGGAGAAAACUUUACCUUUCAGAUUUACAAGGCUGAGAUGACAUGUAGAGGCUUUCGAGAAUAUCAUGAAAGGCUCCAGACCUUUUUGAUGUGGUUUAUUGAAACUGCUAGCUUUAUUGACGUGGAUGAUGAAAGAUGGCACUACUUUCUAGUAUUUGAGAAGUAUAAUAAGGAUGGAGCUACGCUCUUUGCGACCGUAGGCUACAUGACAGUCUAUAAUUACUAUGUGUACCCAGACAAAACCCGGCCACGUGUAAGUCAGAUGCUGAUACUGACUCCAUUUCAAGGUCAAGGCCAUGGCGCUCAACUUCUUGAAACAGUUCAUAGAUACUACAUUGACUUUCCUUCAGUUCUUGAUAUUACAGCGGAAGAUCCAUCAAAAAGCUAUGUGAAAUUAAGAGACUUUGUGCUUGUGAAGCUUUGUCAAGAUUUGCCUUGUUUCUCUCGGGAAAAGUUAAUGCAAGGAUUCAAUGAAGAUAUGGCAAUAGAGGCACAAAAGAAGUUCAAAAUCAAUAAGCAACAUGCUAGACGGGUUUAUGAAAUUCUUCGACUACUGGUAACUGACAUGAGUGAUGCUGAACAAUACAGAAGCUAUAGGCUGGAUAUUAAAAGAAGACUAAUUAGCCCAUAUAAGAAAAAACAGAGAGAUCUGGCUAAGAUGAGAAAAUGUCUCAGACCAGAAGAACUGACCAAUCAGAUGAACCAAAUAGAAAUAAGCAUGCAACAUGAACAACUGGAAGAAAGCUUUCAGGAACUUGUGGAAGAUUACAGACGCGUCAUUGAACGACUUGCUCAAGAGUAAAGAUUCUACUACUAUGUACAGGAAGUUUGCAGAUUUCUGUACAUUGCGCUGUGAAAAAUCCUGUGAUGACUUUAAUAUCUUGUAACAUUUUACUUACAUUAAAAGUUAUCUAUCUUUAGUUGAAUAUUUUCUUUUGGAGAGAUUGUAUAUUUUAAAAUACUGUUUAGAGUCUAUGAGCAUAUAUUGCAUUUAAAAAAAUAUAUAGGUUCUGAAAUACCACUGUAAUUGCUUCCCAUAUUAAACAGUAUAAUAAAUGCUUAGUUGUGAUA